CUCAGAAGAUGAGGUGGACGUACUCCUACAUGGCACUCCUGACCAGAAGCGGAAGCUGAUACGGGAGUGCCUGACUGGGGAGAGCGAGUCUUCCAGUGAUGAUGAGUUCCAAAAGGAGAUGGAAGCGGAACUGAACACCACCAUGAGAAUUAUGGAAGGCAAAUGGACGUCACCAGAAAUGGGUACUUCCUCAAGUACUGGGCAGACUGGACCUGCCGCCACUUCAAAAUACUAUGAUGACAUUUACUUUGAUUCUGAUUCAGAGGAUGAAGAUAAAAUAGUUACACAGGAUGUCCGGGAAAACAGAAAACAUCAGCAACGUCGGAUUCUUUCCAAUGAUGAACUGCUAUAUGACCCAGAAGAAGACAGUCGAGACCAAGAGUGGGUAGACUCACAGAGGAGGGGGUACCGUAAUCAAAGAAGAGUGCUGCAGCAGCAGCAGGCAAAACCUUCAGCUGUUCCAAAUAGUGAUGCUGUUCUGAAUUGCCCUGCUUGCAUGACAACAUUAUGCCUGGACUGUCAGAGACAUGAAUCUUACAAAACACAAUACAGAGCAAUGUUUGUGAUGAACUGCAUUGUUAACAAAGAGGAAAUUCUGAAAUACAGAAAGAAGCCAAAGAAAAGAAGUAAGAAAAUGAAGCACAGCAAAGAAACUACCUCUAUACAAUCAAAUCAAGAAGAGGAGGAAGUGUAUCAUCCAGUAUUAUGUACUGAAUGCUCAACUGAAGUGGCAGUAAUGGAUAAAGAUGAAGUUUUUCAUUUCUUCAAUGUUCUAGCCAGCCACUGCUAAUGUGCAAAAACAGGAGAAAAAAAUCCUGCACUGUUUGAGACUGUGUGAAGUAUCAGAAAUGCAGGCAUAUUAUCCCUUUUUAAAUAUGGUCUUUUAAAUGUACAUUUUCAUCAGAGAACUUUGUAAUGGUUGUAUUUUUGCAAAGUUUAUGAAUACAGUUAACUGCAUGCAUUUGAGAGCAAUAUUCUUUCACAGAGUCAGGUGGUUGUGUCAUUGAGGAUUUAAAAUUUUGUAAAUAUAAUGUAAGAUCUGUGUAUUAUGAUCAUUCCCUGUAAUAUAUACUACCCAUUAUCUCAAUAUGUAUUAGAACUGCUGCUUAGAAUAAAUACUGUAUAGUAA